UCGUGAACCUUCCGCUAGCAGUAAUAAAUUCGCAAAGAAAAUGGCCUCUACGGAAACCACUAGCAGCAGCAAGAAGCUGCGCGUGCUCCUCAUCCCCUUCUUCGCCUCCAGCCACAUCGGACCCUUCACCGAGCUCGCCGUUAGCCUUGCGACGGCCAGACCACAUGCCGUAGAGGCCACCGUCGCGGUCACGCCGGCGAACGCGUCGAUCGUCCGGUCGUUGCUCCAGCGGCAUGAGAACGGCGGCACACCUGCGCAGGUGGCGACUUACCCGUUCCCGGCCGUGGACGGCCUCCCGAGGGGCGUCGAGAACCUGGGUGCGGCAGCCCAGGCGGACGCAUGGCGCAUCGACGUGGCUGCGGUCAGCGACACGCUGAUGCGCCCCGUGCAGGAAACCCUCAUCAGGGCGCAGUCACCGGACGCGCUCGUCACCGACGUGCACUUCAUGUGGAACGCCGACGUCUGCGACGAGCUCGGCGUGCCAUGCGUCACGUACAACGUCGUCGGCGCCUUCUCGACGCUGGCCAUGCGGCAUCUCACGCUGGCGCUCGUUUCCAAUUCCAACACCAACAUCGAGCCGGAGCCCGAGGCGGUGAGCGUCCCUCGGUUUCCGGCCCCUGAGAUACGAGUGCCCACGGUGGAGCUGCCGGAAUACUUGAGGAGCCAAGAGCGGGUGGAUUACUCCACCUACAACCGGCUCUACGAGGUGCAAGGUGACUGCUUCGGGGUGGCCGUCAACACGUCACUAGACCUGGAGGAGCACUACUGUGAGAUGUACGCGGGCAACGGCUACGCGAAGCGUGCCUACAUGCUAGGCCCCCUGUCACUGCGGCUGCCGUCAUCACCGGAGGCCGGCGACUCACGGUACACCGACUGGCUUGACUCGAAGCCAAGCCGGUCGGUGGUGUACGUGUGCUUCGGCAGCCUCGCCCACGUCUCCGACGCUCAGCUGGACGAGCUUGCUCUCGGGCUUGAGGCCUCAGGGAUGGCGUUCCUGUGGGUGGUGAGGGCGGACAAGUGGUCUCCCCCGGAGCGGUGGCACGAGCGUGUUGGAGGCAGGGGCAUGGUGGCCACCGCCUGGGCUCCGCAAAGGGCCAUCCUGGCGCACCGGGCGGUGGGGGCCUUCGUGACGCACUGCGGUUGGAACUCCGUCCUGGAGACGGUGGCGGCGGGCGUGCCGGUGCUCACAUGGCCCAUAGUGUUCGAGCAGUUCAUCACCGAGAGGCUGCUGACGGAGGUCCUAGGGAUCGGGGAGCGGCUGUGGCCGGACGGCGCCGGCGUUCGGAGCACGAGGUAUGAAGAAAACGAGGUCAUCCCCGCCCAUGAUGUGGCACGGGCAUUGAAGACCUUCAUGCAGCCUGGAGGGCCGGGGGAUGCGGCGAGGAGCAGAGUCAUGGGCCUGGCCGCCAAGGUUCACGCCGCAGUGGCGGAAGGAGGAUCCUCCGACCGUGAUCUGCACCGCUUGAUAGAUGACCUCAUGGAAGCUGCCGGGGCCGGAAAGACGACGAUGUGAAGUUUAAAAUCCUUUCUUUUGCUGCUUUAUUGUUGAAAUGGUCGGUCAGUCUCACCAACUAUAUUAUCUCACCUGUAUGCCCGAGUUCGUCUAUUUUUGCAAGCUGUUUGCUUCUCUUCUUUUCUUUUCUUUUCUUUUCUUUUCUUUUCUUUACAAUCACCUUUUCCUUUAAAAAAUCUAGACGAAGCCUUAAUAAAUGAUUUGUCUGGCA